CGAGGAAUGCUGGGGCACAGACUCCUACUUAUCUGUAGGCUAGCGUGCCAAACGAACUAACACCUGUUCAUAUCACUCACAAGUCACAAGGACGCCCGGGGAGCAGCGGAUAGCUACUCUCCUUUGUUGGCUUUGGAGCGCGAUGUCGUCAGAAAUCGCCCUUUCCACUAUCCGGUCUGGUGGCACGGACCUUGGCGCGAAUCGGGUGCCAGGAGCCUUGAAUCUGAACUUGGACUUGGAAGCAGGGAAACAAGUGGUGGCCAAAGAUAAGACGAGGUCCGGGAAUGUUCCCAAAGUUCGUGAGCAGCUCCGUAGCGCUGACGAAGACAGCUACACGCCACACAACGUGCCGAUCGGCCCUUACCAUGGCAAAUGUCCGUCAACUCCAUGGGUUCAAAAAGAGAAGCAGCGAUACGUGGGCUUCAUGCAAAAUCUCUCUGAGAAACACAAUGAUGGUGGCCUCAAGGGUCUAGUGGAGGAACUGGAGCCCCGAGCAAGGGACUGGUACGGGGACGGGGUCGACCGCAUGACCUCGGAAGAGCUGGCGAGGAUGCUGCUGCAUGAUGGGUGCUACCUGCUGGGUUGGUUGGGGAACUAUCCGGGCGUCCCUCAAACAUCCUGUAACGACUACAACGCGGUGUUUCGCGACACCCUUUACCUCAUUGAGAACCAGGUGCCAUUCUUUGUUCUUGACAAGAUUCACGCGCGGGCCACAGGAGGUUCCAGUUCUCUACUCCACUACAUGGCAACAUAUAUCAAGAGUCUGCUGAGCAGGGAGGGCCACAUCAGCACAGAGAAGAAGAGGCUGUCGGAGCCGCCAUCCCACCUGCUACACCUGGUGCACACAUUCUUCCGUCCAACCAAUGGACAAAUGGCAGAUCCUCCAGAGCGCCCAUACCAGCUGCUGCACCGAGUGCACGCGUACUUGAGCCCAACCAGCUGUUUGCAGCCAAAUGGUGAGCGUGAGCGUGAGGGCGACACGGGUCGAUGGCGUCGGGCGACGGAGUACUGCACGCAAGCCAACGUGCAGUUCAGGCGUCGGGACUUCGCGGCCGAUGUGACUUCGAUCCUCGACGUGCGCCUUAAAGGGGGCAAGCUGGACAUCCCCUGCCUGCAGGUCGACGGCAAGACCUGGACGCUCCUACGUAACAUGAUGGCGCUGGAGGAGCAUGCGGAGAUGACCCAGAGGCCCGUCACGGCCUACUGCCUCUUCAUGUCGCAGGUGGCGUGUACGGUGGAGGACGUCCGGCUCCUGGUUGAUGCAAAGAUCAUCCAACACUUCGAGAGCAGCGACAAGAUUGCCGCCCAAGGCUUUGCCAACCUCUGCAAGGGGGUGGUCAUGGACGUCGACAACAUUGACAGGAACUACCUCAAGCCCAUGUGGCACGACCUGGAAAAAUUAUGCGACAGCAAGGCGCGUAACCUCAGGGGAUCGUUCCGCCACAAGUACUGCAGCACUACUUUGCACCAAGUCGCAUUCGGUAUUACCGCCUUCCUGGCCAUCUGUCAGUUGCUGCAAUCCAUCUAUGCACCCAUCGCCUAUCAUUUCCCCAAACACUAGCUAGUGGCAGACGAGCUAGCUACCUGUUGACGUACGGUACUAGUUUUAUCAGCUGAUGAUAUAUAAUAAGAACCUGGCAGUGUCGCGACGUGUGAAUUGUUAGUUAUGACCUACUCAUUGUUUUUGUUAGUUAUCACUAGCAAAAGGGCCCGUGCGUUGCAACGGGGUAACAAAAAUAUGUAUUGACCACAUAUUACAAUGAGUAUUGCUAAAAAACUUAGUACAAAGAGUGAGUUGUUAAAAAAAACUCAGUACAAUGAGUGUUGAGUGCAUGAAGAUUUU